GUCUCUCUCUUUCUGUCUCACUCUCUCCAGCAACUUCACCAGCUAGGAACAGAAUCUCAGAAGCUUUGGCUCAAGAAUUCCUUGGACACAAAUUUGAAACCUCCAAGAACAACUUUGAAAAAUACCAAGAACAAUAUAAAGUGAAAGAUUGUUCACUGGAUUUCCGUCCAUUUUUCUCCUGUGGGGAAGUUUUAGUGUAUUUUUAGUCUCUGGUGUGAUCUGUUUUUUUGCUGACGGAUUUGAGUGUUACCUCCAUUAUCUUUUCUCACGUUCAACUGGGGCCAAAGAGGAUUUAACGAAGGAGUUACAUGCUUGUUUCUAUGGUAACACUGCAUUUCUCUGAGCCUUUUAAGGACUGAAGGUUAUCACUGAACAUCCAGCAAGUCCAAGCUCUCUUCAACAAUGAGCAGUCAGACCAACGCCGGGGAGGCCGUCCCUUCAGCUCGGGGCAAUGAGAGGACAUUUUUGGAUGAUGUCAUCUUAACCUUUACUUCACCGAUGGCCUGGCUGCUGGUUGUGGCUCUGAUCAUCACGUGGUCGGGCGUAGCCAUUGUUCUGUUUGAUCUGCUUGAUUAUAAGACUCUAGCAGACUAUACAUCAUACUGUGACGACCCCGUGUGUUUAUCUCCUGGUCUCCCUCCUCCUGCUGCCAUCGCUAAGAGGGGUUUGAAGGCUAGAGGUGGUGUUCGUCCAAUUAAAUCAAGCCCUGUUGGAGUCCCUCAGGAGAGCACUGAUUGGUUGGGGAUGUUAUGGACGUUUGCAGCCAGCUUGGUAGCUCCUGAUGAUGAGGAGGAAGGUAUUCACCAGCUAACUGAAACCCUGACAUCUUUCCACUCCGAGGAGCUCUAAAAGAGAAGGUUGUAGAGGGAGGACAAAAACAGACAAGUAGGAAGAGCUGGAGAGAGGACGAGAAGGAGAGAAGAGACGAGUGGGUCUGACAGAGGUGGAAGAGAGAAGAUAGAGAGGUAGAAAGAGGAGGAGGAUGUACAUUCAAUUCAAUUCAAUUCAAUUCGAUUCAAUAAACUUUAUUUGUCCCCAGGGGGCAAUUAGAGUAUAUCACAGUAUACAGUAUAUCAGAGCAAUAUUUCUUUCUGCUUGUCGGUUGUUAACUGGAAUUUGAUUAAUAAAAACUGCUUAUUUGGUCAGUUGGAACAUCA